GUCUGCGCUCCCUCUAGUGCUGGAGCUGCACGAAUACUCACUACUCUUGUACAACACAAGAGAGUGCUGUUUAGCUUUUGUAGCCUGCUUGUUUCUUAUGACAGCUAGAACUACCUGCAGUGAGUGGAGGUAGCUAGCAAGCCUAGCAUUCAUGAAGGAUGGCUGCUGAGAACGAUGUAUUUUCUGAGAUUGAAGUUCUGCAAUCAAUCUACCUAGAUGAACUGAAAGUUAUCCAGAAGGACAGUGGAGGGUGGGAGGUGAGCUUGGUCCUCUACCCUUCUACUGCAGAAGAUGUCCUCUCUCAGUUUGUCCGCCUCACGCUUACCCUCACACUAGCUUCUCAGUACCCUUCCUUCCCACCGGUCAUAACUAUAAAGAACCCCCGAGGCCUGUCAGAUGAUCAGCUACUCAGUGUGCAGAGAUGUCUGCAAAUGGAAGCAGAGUCCUGUCCAGGGGCACCAGUACUGUACCAGGUCAUCGAGAAAGCCAAAGAGAUCCUAACAGACAGCAAUAUUCCCCAUGGGAACUGUGUCAUCUGCCUUUAUGGAUUUAAGGAUGGAGAGGCCUUCACCAAGACCUCCUGCUACCACUACUUCCACUCCCACUGCCUAGGCCGCUACGUCAGCCACUCCCAGAUGGAGAUCCGCCAGAGGGAGAAGGAGAUCGAGGAGGACAAGAGUCGCGGCAGACUGGACGAGGAGAAGUUGGAGGUAGUAUGUCCAGUGUGUCGCGAGGCUCUGGCUUGUGACGUUGACAACCUAUUGUCUUCCCCAGCACCUGCAGCCCCUGAGAUGACGGAAGAGGUCGUGGGAGUAGAAUUCCGUCAAAAAUGGGUGGAACUGCAGAGGGUUCUGGAACGCCAGCGACAGAAGGGUGGAAUCAUUGACCCUGAGGAGGAAUCCAACCGAUUCCUUAUACAUAUUAACGAGCCCCCUCCUGAAGCCAACGAUCCAGCCAACAGCACCUCGGAUCCCCCUGCCAGCCCCCUCGAGACCCCUGCAUGCGUCCCCCAGUCCAGUGGCCCCCAGCCUCCACAGACACCCCAGCCUCCAAGCCAUCAUGGCAAGGGGAGGGGCCACUCUGGCAGAAGAGGGCGGGGUUACAACCAAAACCACAACUAUAAUCAUAACCACAACCAUUACCAUCAUCAUCGUCAUGACCACAACAGAGGUGGCAGAAGGGGAAGAGGAGGAGGAGGAGGAGGAGGAGGUGGUGGUGGUGGUGGUGGUAACGGUGGUGGUAACGGUGGUGGUGGCGGGGUGCCUGCCGGUGCCCCUGAUGGUGCACCAGACCUCACAAAGCUCUCCCUCGCCUCCGAGAAGCAGAGCAAUCACAUGAGGGCCGAGCCAGUCGUAGCAGCCCUGAAUGGAACCUGUGUGGUGGACGACGCAGUGCCGUGUGGCGAGCUAGAGGAACAGGAAGUGAGAGAAGCAGCCAAGGAGGCCGAUGUGGCGGCGGCUCAGGACAAAGGCCAGGACUGUAGCACAGAGGCUGGCAAGCCCCAAGCCACAUGUCCAACUGGCAGCAACCAAGCCCCGCAGCAACAGACAACAGAGCCCGACAACACAGAACAAGAUCAAGAAGUCAAGGCCCACCACAGACCAAGCGGCUCCCCAGAAAGGCCACAGGGGCGUGGCCACCACUGGCACCAAGGCAGGAGGAGGGGCCACCACAACCAGCAGCAGCCGCAUUACCCGGGGCAACAGGCUGGCCAAUGGCAAGACAGGAACUUUCGGGAUGGGGAAGAGAGAGACCCUGCAAGAGGAGGGUAUCACCAUAGGGGAGGCUACAGAGGGAGAGGCAGGGGAGGUGGAGGAGGAGGAGGUGGGCACCAGAACCGCGGGGGUGGUGGUCCUUACCGCGGAGGCCCGAGAGACACGCACCAGCGGCGGGCGGAGAGCGGACUGGAGAGGCCGGUGCUCUGACAUAGGCCUUGGGGAGGUGCACCCACGCAGACCCUGGGUGUUUCUCCCUGUCUUUAUUUAACAACCAGACUUGCAAUCAAUAAAGUAACACAAGAAUUACA